GUGUUGUUAGCGGGAGGGAAAGGAAAAGGGACCAACAAACGAACGAAACGAACGAAGCAGCAAACACUCACUCUCCCCAGCCGAAUAGCCGAGAAUCCGAUAUGUAAACGCCUCUUCCACCAAUACCCUCACGCCCAAACCAAUCCAUCAUCACAUGCCACAUGCCACAUGCCGCACGCAAAAAACAUCCAAGCACAAACAUCAUCAAGAAGCACAGGCGGCCCUCUCAGGGGCUCAUAUUCCUAUUCCUAAUUUUGCAAAUACAGCGUCAUCCAAAGGCGGGGGCCACGCUCCACGGUCCAGACCGCCCCGGAUUGACCCACUCCGACAGCACUUCGAUGUUGUAAUUGAGCAAACACUCCGCCCCACACCGAAACCCACGCAUACCCCCUCCUCUCUGACGCAAAGCCUAACGCAGAGAGCUAAGUGGACGAACGGCCGCACGCAGCAAAGGGCGCUAUCCAUACAUGCGCAAAGGGGGCAGAACCGGAAGAAGCGCGUCAGAAAGCCAGGAAGACUUCGGGACAACAAGGAUAAGGGGAAGUAAAAGAGGUAAGACACGAGAGAAUACAUGGGGGGCCAGGGGCUGGCGCCCGGUUGUUUUAUUGAGGAUGUCGCUGCAGGCCGUUGCAAGCGCGGAGUUUUGAUGCCGUAAGUAAUGAUGCG